CCCGGGAGCUAGUGGAGUGAGAAGCUAGAAGCCAGACCAGUAUCGGAACCCAGAGCUGGGGUUGAACCCGUAGCAGCAGCAAAAGCAGCAACAACUUAAGAAGUUGGAAAGAUGCUGGUUACCCUGGGACUGCUCACUUCUUUCUUUUCUUUCUUGUAUGUGAUGGCUCCAUCCAUCAGGAAGUUCUUUGCCAGUGGAGUAUGUCAGACAAGCGUGCAGAUUCCUGGGAAAGUGGUGGUGAUCACUGGCGCCAACACAGGCAUCGGCAAGGAGACGGCCAGAGAGCUCGCUCGCAGAGGAGCCCGAGUGUACAUUGCCUGCCGGGAUGUACUGAAGGGGGAGUCUGCUGCCAGUGAAAUCCGAGCAGAUACAAAGAACUCCCAGGUGCUGGUGCGGAAACUAGACCUAUCUGACACCAAAUCCAUCCGAGCCUUUGCUGAGGGCUUUCUGGCAGAGGAAAGGCAGCUUCAUAUUCUGAUCAACAAUGCAGGAGUGAUGAUGUAUCCAUAUUCCAAGACAGCUGAUGGCUUUGAAACCCAUAUAGGAGUCAACCACCUAGGCCACUUCCUUCUUACCCACCUUCUUCUGGAGCAACUGAAGAAGUCUGCUCCUGCACGGGUGGUGAACCUGUCCUCUGUGGUCCACCAUGUUGGCAAGAUUCACUUCUACGACCUCCAUGGAGAAAAGCACUAUAGCAGGGGUUUUGCCUAUUGCCACAGCAAGCUGGCCAACAUACUUUUUACUCGGGAGCUGGCCAAGAAACUCAAAGGCACGGGAGUCACCACCUAUGCAGUGCACCCAGGCAUUGUCCGCUCCGAGCUGGUCCGGCAUUCCUUCCUGCUGUGCCUGCUCUUGCGUCUUUUCUCCCCCUUUGUCAAGACGGUGCGGGAGGGGGCGCAGACCAGCCUCCACUGCGCCCUGGCUGAGGGCCUGGAGCCCCUGAGUGGCAAGUAUUUCAGUGACUGCAAGAGGACCUGGGUGUCUCCAAGGGCCCGAGAUAACAAAACAGCUGAGCGCCUGUGGAAUGUCAGCUGUGAGCUUCUCGGAAUCAAGUGGGAGUAGCUGGUGGAAGAUUCAGGGCUUUAUCAGGCCCAAUCCACCUCAUAAUGAAAGGGGAUCAAGGAGAAGCCCAGCCCUGCAGGGCUGUCCUCCUGGCUGGCUGCUGCUGUGAAUCCCACCCACUCUGAUCUUCUAGACCCUUAUGGAAACGUUUGCACACCCCACUCUCCUGUGAAGGUGGCUCACAGCAUGAGAUGGUCACACUUACAGAACAUUCUUCUCUAAUGCUUGGAGAGUCAGUAACCCUCAGGGGUCAGGAGAACGGGGCAGAUCCUGGACUGGGCAUGGAGGUGGCGGAAGAGCCUGGGAAACUGGGUUGAUUUCCUCUCCAGCACAGAAACUCUGGCCUGCAUGCUCAACUGCUGUGACAGGAGCAUCAACAUUACAUGUUUCCAGGGCCUGUAGAUUCAAACUCUUGAUCAUCUGUUUUCCUUUUUGAAAUACAAGUCACAAUCCUGGAGUCUAGACCAACUCGGGAAGGUCUUGGCUAACCUUGGGCAAACUGGAUUCCUCCCUCUGAGCAUUCUGAAGCCCCUGCGUGAAGCUGGAUAUUCCCAUCUUCAAUCAUGCAGAUGAUUCCUUUUUCCAAAGAGUUCCCUUUACUUCAA